AUGGCCCUGAGCAUGAGACUAAACAGCACAGUCAUUCGAAUCAAGGGCUAUGAUCACACCUUACGCACACGUCUGGAGAUUCACAGAAAACCACAGAUAUCGAAACAAGAUACACUACACUCUCAAAUACUAUACACGCUAUACACGCACCAGAAUGCCAGCUGGUAUCAAGACGUCUCCCCUGCACAGACUCUUGCUACUGUUCGCCUUUCGUGUGAUCUUGUUAUGGGACUUGAUGCUUAUCAGUACCUGUCGAAGAAUCUUCCACGUCCUUCUGUCAUCACAUUCCAAGGCGCUCAAGCUCUGGCUACAGCACCUGGCACCGCUUCCAAGUACCGUGAAAAAUCAGCUAUGUGCAUCAACGGAACAUCAUUUUUUGGAUCAUUAUAA